ACCUGCAGCGGCACCUGCAACAUUCAGUGCGCCCGCCGCUGCUCCCAGGUCUGCACACACGCCCACGCCCGCGGCGCUCCCAGGCACACCUCGGGCCCUCAGCCCAGGGGCGCCCCACUGCGCCAGCAUGCCGCGGCCCACACGUGAGAGUUACGGCGAGCAGAAGCCGCCGUACUCGUACAUCUCGCUGACCGCCAUGGCCAUCUGGAACAGCGCCGAGAAGAUGUGCACGCUGGCCGAGAUCUACAAGUUCAUCAUGGACAACUUCCCUUACUACCGCAAGAACACGCAGCGCUGGCAGAACUCCCUGCGUCACAACCUCUCCUUCAACGACUGCUUCAUCAAGAUCCCGCGCCGCCCCGACAGGCCGGGCAAGGGCGCCUACUGGACGCUGCACCCCUCCGCCAUGAACAUGUUCGAGAACGGCAGCUUCCUGCGCCGCAGAAAGAGAUUCAAGAUUCCCCGCGACGAGAAGGACGCCAUGGAGGCGGGCCUGGCGCAGAUCAGCUCGGCGCAGCGCACCGUUGAGGCCCCGCGGGUGCCGCCGCCGCUCAUGCCGCCGCCCCUCAAGCCGCCUGGAGAGCUCACGCCGCCUCUACACCUGCUGCCUCCGCCCUGCCUGGCUCGCCUGCCGCCGCCGCUGCUAUACCCAUCGCCGCUGCUGUACCAAGGGGCCUGGGGCGCCGCGCCAUUCCUAGGCUCCCUCACCUACCUCCCGCCGCCGCUCCCGCCUCCCCUGCCGCCACCCCCUGCCGCGCCUAGACCCAUCAAGCCCACGCCCGUGCUGGCGCGGCCGCCGCCCCUCCCGCUGGACGUGGGCCUCACCGGCGUGACCUAAGCCCCGGGGCGCCGGCCGUCACUCAGGGCGAGGCUGGGUUGCCUACGGCGCCCCACAGGAAUCCGCCCCCACGCCGCCCUUUUCACACCGCGGAACGACAGCGCAGACGUGCGGUCGCCACUUCUGGUGAGUGUGCCCCGAGGGGCCGCCCAGCCCUGUGCGUGUCCAGGGCAGGGCCUGGCUGCGCGGCAUGUCUCCCCGCCAUCCGUCUGUUCGUCAGUGUCGCUCAGUGUGUCUCCCCUCCCCCUAACCUUCCGGACAGCCCGCCGUCCCCCGCGCACAGUGCCGCGCAAAGGACACAUCGCAGGGGCGGCGCCGGUGUUAUUUGUGUUACUGUGGUCAGUGUGCGUCUGUGUCUGUCUGUGUGUAUGCAUGCCUGUCUGUACAGCCGAGUGGAGACGAGUGACUCACAUGUUAUCAAGCCAGAACCUGUUUUUGUUUUUUCUUUUUUAUCAUUAUUAUUACCUACUAAUACCACUUACACAACGAACAACAACGAACCGAGAACCGCCACGACACAACAGCGACCAACCCACUCCAAGAGAACGUGAAGAGAAAAGAAAGAAGAAGCGAGAGCAGGACGAGACGCCAGGACACGAGGUCAGCUGAUGAGAAACAAGUGCAAGGGCCCCAAGAAGACAGUGAGAGGACUCUGCGAGGACGCUCGUGUCUCCUGCAUGUCGGCACUGUCAGUCAGGUCUCGUUGCUGUCUGUCUGUCAGUAAGUGGAAUAAAUUUGUUACCCAGUUAA